GUACAAACACAUGUGCUAUAGUGCGGCAGAGGUGUGUCACUCCUGGCUCUCUUGCUAGCUUGCCUGCUUAGCUUCCUUCCUUUUUUUCCCUGCAUCCCGCGUGUGCACACACCCCCUUCGCUUUUCCCCUUUUCUUCCCUACUCGCCUCGGCCAGGCUGUUUCUCCACCGACCAGAGAGAAGGUAGGAGGGGUUGUGGGCUUGCUUUUUGUGCCACACUGACUCAGGCACUUCGGUAGAUCAGUGCCUUUUUACUUCCAAGGGAAACUGAUUCAUAGGGAACAUUUCCUGUGUUUUGUGGGACUGAAAUAUAUAUAUAUUCCCCCAACAUCUUAGAAGAAAUAAGGAAAUACACAAGACUGUAGGACUUUGUUAAAACAUUUGAAGUCUUAAUACUUGGCAGCCGGUCCUGCUAUUGUAUAACCAGAAGUGACUGCAUUCAGUUUCCUCUGCAUUAAACAAAAUAAGUUAAUUAGGCCUUAAAAGAAAACCCAAGAAGUCAAAAUGGUUGCUGGCAUGGUAAUGCCCCUGGCAGAUCUGAGGGCCAUUUAUGAGCUCCUCUUUCGGGAUGGCGUCAUGGUGGCCAAGAAGGACAGGCGUCCCCAGUGCAUGCACCCUGAGAUCCAGGGGGUUGCUAACCUGAAGGUGAUAAGGGCCAUGGGCUCCCUCAAAUCCAAAGGCUUUGUGCGGGAGACCUUUGCAUGGAAGCAUUCCUACUGGUACCUCACCAACGAGGGUAUCGUGUACCUGCGGGACUACUUGCGUCUGCCACCUGAGAUCGUGCCCUCCUCCCUGCAGCGCGUGCGUCGCCCCGCGUCCACCCUGAACAUGAUGCGUCGGGCCAGCCGUGGAGUGGUCCAGACCGUGGAGGGCCCCCCCUUCUACGCCCCCAAACCCAGGGUCGGACAGGAGAGCCAGCAGGGCAUGAUAGACCGCCAGGGCUACCGCCACAAGAGGGGACUCCCCGGUGAGGAGGAGGCCUCGGGUGAGAGGCUCGCAAUGAGGUUUAGGGGCUCCUACCAGGGCCACGGACGCGGAGCUGUAGGGGAGCCUGGAGCUGAGACCCAGACUUUCUUCAGAAGAGGCCAAGGUUUCCACAGAGAGCAACAUCGUGUGCCAGAAGAGGGCCAGAGGAGAGGCUUUGCUCCACGUGGCCCUGCUUAUCCUCUUCCUCUGGAGGCUAGGCCUGUCAGAUCCCCUGCCCCAGCUGGAGAUGUCAAACCAUUUGUGCCUGAAGUUCCUGCUCCUAUUAAGCAAGAGAAGACCAAGGAAGUUGCUGUGCUCGUGCCUUUUGCAGAGAUCAUUGAACCAGCAUUCAUCCCUGCAGUGGAACCAGAGGCCCAAGCCCCAGCCCUAGAAUUGGAGAAAGUGAUGGAGGAGGUGACAGUUGAGGAAGUGUCUUUUGAGGCCCCCAUGCCUGUUGAAGAGGCUGAGCCACAAAAGGAAGAGAUCACCGUUGUGGAAACUGCAGAGGUGCUCUCAGAUGUGUGGGAACAGGAGGAGCCAAAGCCAGUUGUGGAGGAGAUAGUAGAAGCAGUUGAAAAGGCCCCAGAGCCUGAGGUGUUUGAGGUGGGUGAGGCCAUUAAGGAGGAGGUCCUUGAGGCCACCGCACCUGUUGAAGAGUUUGAAAAAGAGCCCAAACAAUCCACUGAAGGGUCUGCUGAAGAGUCCACUGAAGAGGUGGAAGAUGUUGCUGAGAAAGUGACUGCCACGGAGAUGGUGGUUGUUGAAGAAGCCGCUGCCAUUCAGGCAGUGGUUGUCAGGGAUGCCCCUGAAGUUCCUCCCGAAGACCUCCCACAUGAUACUGAUAUUGAGAUACUCGAAGAGCCCAAAGAAGUUGAGGAGGAACCAUCCACUCAUGAGGAGCCUGAGGCCUCUUCGUCUGAGGCUUCUUCUGAUUCUGAGGCCUCUGAGCCUGAACCAAUCACAGCUGCUGUUGCUACUGAAGCCGAGAGUGAACCAGUUACAAUCACAGAAAUCAUUGAAGCUGAGAGUGAGCCAGCUACAACCACAGAAAACAUUGAAGCUGAGAGUGAGCCAGCUACAACCACAGAAAACAUUGAAGCUGAGAGUGAGCCAGCUACAACCACAGAAAACAUUGAAGCUGAGAGUGAGCCAGCUACAACCACAGAAAACAUUGAAGCUGAGAGUGAGCCAUCUACAACAACAGAAGGCGCCGUAGAGGCCAAAAGUAAACCAGUUACAAUUACAGAAGCCAUACCGGAGGUUAAGGUCUCUGUCCCAUUGACCAAAGCUGAUUACACUGAGCCAGACUCUGACACUGACCUUCCGACCCCUCUACCCCCAGUCACAGAGGACUUCACAGACCUCACAGAGUACCAUCAGCAGACAGUGCUAGAGCACAUCACUCAAGAAAUACCCGCUGGUAUGGCAACCUUCAGGUCUGAGAUGCCACUUGAGGUAACCUCCCAGGUAGUAAGCUCCACAGUGUUUGAGAACCAAAUCUCCCAGUCUGAGGCCAUGGAACCCCCCUCCAUUGGAAUGGCAGGCACUGUCUUACAGCUUGGACUUGAGAAAGAGGCUAGUCCUCUCUUUGGGGCUGAGUGUACUGCCCCUGUCAUCCCCUCUGAGUGUCCCAUCGCCCCCUCUGAGUGCCCCGUUGCCGCUCUGAAAAGUUCCCUUUUCCAGGAUGACUGGGCCUUUCUCACAGAGGAACCUGAUGAGGAGGAGGAGGUGAAGAAGAUCUGGCCUGAUGCUCUACAAGUCCUGGCCUGUGGAUCCUUCCUCCACAUGGCCUGUUUCAGCCCCCCUGAGAACUUUCCAUUCUCUGCAGGCUGAUAAAUGACUCAGCAAGAAUGACUCAGCAAGAUUGUAUUGGACCAGGUCUCUCUUGGAAAAGAGAUAUUAUCUCAAUCAGAAAAAAACCUGUAUAAAUAAAGGUAAAA